AUGGCCGAGACGACCACCGAGGCACCCGCCGCGGCGCGCGAGGGUGGCGCCGGCCACGCGGUCUCGUCCCCGAGGUCUGCCGGCCAGGGCAUCCCGCACCCCUUUUCCACGUGCGAGCGAGCAAGUGGCACUGACGCGGUGAUACCGCCGGACGGGCUGCACAAAGUACGAGCGCACGACGACGACGGCGUCACGAAGGCGAACAGAGAGACGAGGAGCGACGUCGGUGGCGGCGGUGGUGGUGUCGAGCUGCAGGACGGCAGUGGACACGAUUGCGCAAUGCAGCAGCAGCAGCAGCAGCAACAAGAGCUGAAAGAUCAUGAGCUACUGGUGGCAGUGCAGCUCGAGCUCCACGUGCAGCAGGAGAUGGCACGGAAAGUCCAGCACCGCGAUGCUGUGACGAUCCAGACGCUGAGUGACGAAUUAGCAACGACUGUAGCUCGACUCGCACAGGAAGAGGCACGUGUGGUGAUGUGUGAGCAAGAGAAGAAGAACUUGGCAGCGCAAGUGGAUUUAGUGUGCAUUGACAAGCAGCAGCUGGAGCAAAGAAUGAAGGAAGUUGUCGAUGUGAAUUCGGUCUUGCAGACCAAAGUCGAUAAUCUGAUGCGAGAGCUGUGUGAAGCACGACGGAAGCAGAAAGAUGUGGGACUGGUGGAUAGUGAACCACCGUCGAGUGUGGAUCUGACGCGGAGAGAUGAUGACACUGCGCUGGGAGUACGAGCGACGAGUAGGAGUGUUAUUGAUCGAAUGCACGAGCUGGAAACAGAGAUGGCGGGCUGGAAAGCUGAAAUGGCCGCAAAUGCUGAGAAGUGGCACUCGGAGCGGCAGGAAUUCACACAACAGAUUGAGUCGCUUACGUUGGCGAACCAAGAGGCUAGCGCAGAGCUGGCUGUAGUGGCACAUAUGCGCGAACACUUACUGGAACACGUCGGCAUUGAUCUGACGCUUGAAAGUGUUGAGUCGCUUCUUGAUGCAAAAAACAGCACCAUUCAGAUACUUACAGCACAACUUUCGGCAAUCGAGGCUCCUCAGACACCCGGCGAUCGUGAGAUCAUCGAGGCUGGUUGUGUUGCAGCAAAAGACCUUUGUGUACAGUUGGAAACACUCCAGACCAGGUGUGACAUGCUGGCCUCCGAGAGGCUUGAGCAAGACAAGACGAUCAGAGAACUUUGUACGAAGCUGAAACAAAAGGCAGGAGAUGACGCAUUCUCCCCCCUGCCUGAGUAUAGCGAGUGUUGGCAUGCUUGCGAGUCGAUUGUGGAAUCCGAGCACUUCUCGAGACAGGUCGAAAACUGCUGGACAAGAAAAGAGCAAUCGAACGGCGACUUUUCUGCCACCAAGUCUAAGAUUGAAGCGUUGGUUGUCGCGUUGCAAAUAGAUAAGCCAGCGUCUACUGACAGCGAUGCUACAUCUUGUCAUAACUCACGAUCGAAAGAGCUUGCCAAGUGUUUGGAGCACGCUCAGGAUCAACUCAUUAGUGCAGCGAAGCCGGACCAGAGGCAAGAUGACGUAGUGAUUCUUCAGGAAAAAAUACACAAGCACGAGGUGGAAAAUCGGCUUCUUUUGGCUAAGCUGGAAGAGUGUGAGCAUGCGCUAAAGGCUCAGACUCGUAGAUUUGCUGUCAGAAGGCUCGAGUCUGGUGUCAAGGCAGAAAAAAGUGCAUUAUUGGGCGCUGAUGCUGGCUCUGUAGUGUCAAAUGGUGAAAUGGUGGAUGGUUGUAAUGGUUUCUCCUGUGAUCUUGAGCGCGACCUGGAAGCAACUACAGCGCAGUUACACGCAGUCGAGGCAGAGAUGGUUACUUGUGAAACCGAAAACCUGAGGAUGAAUCUCGAGGUAGCAGCGAAAGCCGAUGGUGUAUUGGAGCGUAAACAAGACUGCGGUGCUUCACUUGGAGCGCAUCAAGCGAGUUCGAUAGAGUUAGAAGCGAUGGUAGAGCAGCUUGAACGCGCCAACCGAGUGCUAACGUCGGACCUUGCAGGCAAAACAGAUGGUCUGCAAUGUUGGUGCGAAGCAUUUGCGAUGCUAAAAGAAGACUUCCGAUGCGUCGUUGCUGAUUUGGAGAGCGCUAUGUUCGAGGUCAAUAUGGAAAAUCGCAAGAUCAAGGCUGACUUUGAGGAUGUCAAGACAGAAAACGACGCGUUGGCUGAGCGGAUAGGCAAGUUCCAUGCUGUUGCCAACGGCAAGACGGAAGUGGAUGAGGGACAAGAGACCGACCGCGAAGUUGAGAAACUGCGGUCUUCAUUGGUUCAAGCUAAGGUAAACUGUUUGGAACAGAAGCAGCAACUCACGGCUCUUGAGAAGAAGCUCGUGGAUGUGUCAACCUCUGGCGGUUUUGCGUGCACAGUAAGCAAUGCAUCACUGGACGCUGAGCGACGAGAAUUUGAAGCCGCUUUGAUCGAGAUGAUUGAGAUGGAAAAAAAGCUUCAAGUCGCAUACGAAGCAAAGCAGGGUCUUGAGUCCACGCUGCAAGAGCGAAUGGAGGCAAAAGCAGAGCUAGAAGAUCGGUUGUCUGCUGCCGAAGACAAGAUUGCGGAGUUGGAGCAGCAACUGGAACAGAAGAUUGCUCUCAUCGCCACAAUCGAAGAGCAAUUGCGGCUAGCGGAGGAGGAGCGCGAACAACUGUCAGAUGAGUUUGAGAAGACCAAGUUGCAGCUAGAGCGUAGCAUAGGAAAGCUAGAAGAGAAGGCGAUCGAAUCCGAGGCAUUAAAAACAACGACGAAUAUGCUUAAGGACGAACGCAGUCGCUUGUUCAGCGAGAUCGCGCUGUUGAAGGACGAUAUUGCGAAGUCUGAAGUCCAGAAGGUUGCAUUGGCCGAUUCGCAGGAGCUCGCAAAUGAGGAGCUUGAAGAUCAGCUGAACGAGCUCGCUGAUAAAAUAGCCGAGAUUGAGGCAGAAAAGCAGGAUCUUCGUGCGAGACUCGAGGACACUGUCAACCGGUCCGAAGAGGACAUUCUAGAGCUGAGGGGGCGGCUCUAUAGGCUAGAGGAGGAAAAGUCCAGCAUGGACGAUGACAACUUGAGCCUCGAGAGAACGAUUGAAGAUAUGGAAGUAAAGCUGGAUGCUCUGGAAGAGCAGAAGACAUUGCUCGAGGCAGCAAACGAUCUGAGCGCUGAACAGCUGACUCUCUUGGAGAAGCGAAUGGGAGAGGCUGCAGCUGAAAUCGCUCUAGUGUCCGAUGAGAAAAAUAAACUCAUUGACUUUCAGCUGACGCUCAAAGAGAAUGUGUCCAGCCUUCAGAAUGAAAAGGUUGAGCUCGAGCGAACGCUGGAAGAAACUACCGCCCGGCUACGUGAUCAAUUUGAUCAGGUGACGGCACAAGUUGAAACGCUACAGGUACAGCUAACGCAAAGCGUUGCUGACAGGGAUGAGGUAUCGAAAGCACUAUCGGAGCUUCAAGAACAUGCUCAUGCGGAGAAUGAAGCUAGCAAACAAGUGGCGGCAACGCUUGAGUCGCAAGUUGCAGAGAACAAGGUUUUGGAGAAAAAGGUAGGACUAAUGAAGCAAAUGGCGGAGAAGGCGUUGCUGUCUGUGAAGGCCAAAGAAGACGAGUUGGCCGAGGCGGUGUCGCGCGCGGCCAAUUUAGUGGAUGAGCGUGAUUUGGCGAGGGUAUCAUUGAACGAAAAAGAGUCUGUGACGGAGGCGUUGCUGAUUCAGCGUGAUCAGUUGCAGCAGAAGGUAGAAAAGCUGACGAAUUAUUUGGAGAGCUGUCGGCAUCAACUUUUGGAGGAGGCAAGUGCAUCUGAGGUAAAGAUCUCUGACCUGGAGAAUGCUGAAGCAAAGUUGUCGGAGUCGUUGGAGUCACUUCGACAAGACUUGGCUGGGGCUGAGUCUUGUAUUUUGACACUGGUCGAGGAGCGCGAUGAAGCGAGAAAAGAGCUAGCUGCAAGAGACUUGACGAUCGAAAUGAUGAAGACUGCACAAGGAGAACUUGAUCUUGCGGUACAGAAGCUGGAGAAUGAGCUAGGUGCUACGCGACGAACAGGCUUAGCGAAAGCUGAAGAAAAAGAUCGGGUCAUUAGCGAUCUUGAAACGGCGAAAGAACAAGUAGAGAAAAAAGCCCAAGAGCUUCAAGACGCGCUGCUCCGGACGGAAGAGUCGCAUCAAUCGAUUCGGGAACAGCUCAUUGGAUCUGAGCGUCGAAUCGACGCGCUACAGAAAGAACGCGAUGCCACCCGAACUUCGUUGGAUGAAAAGGAGUCGACGCACGAGACGUUGAAUGCACUCCAAGAGGACUUGCAGAAGACAGUACGUGCAAUGGAGACGGAACUCACGGAGUUGCGAGCUUCAAGCUCGGGAGAGUUGUCAGCUGCGAACGAAACUAUUGAGCGUCUUAAGAUGGAGGGGACUGAGGCAGCAGAAGUGCUAGCUUCUCUUCGUCUGGAGCUAGCAGAAGCUGAAGCGUGUGUAAUGGUUCUUGUUGACGAGCGUGAUGCAGCUAAGAAAAUACUGAGCAAGCGAGAGUUGACGCUUGAGGUUCUCAGUUGUGAGCAUGGAGAGUUACAGCUGAAGAGCCAAUCCGUGAAGACUGAGCUGGAUGUUUUACGACAGAAAAGCGAAGCGGACGCUCGAGCUGCAGAAGAAGUUGUGCAAACUUUGAAAGUGGCAUUGGAAACGACAGCUGGGUCAUUGGAAUCCGCUCAAAAGAAGUUGGCGGAGUCUGAAUUGCAUGUGGCUUCCCUGUCUGCCGAGUGUGAUGCUGUCAGCACAGCGCUCAGCAAAAUCGAAACGGAACAUAGUUCUCUGGGUCUCCAAAAAAGGGAGCUAGAACAUCGCAUCGAAACUCUGGAGGCCACAAUAACGACCCUGGAGACACAGCACGCAAGGACGUUGGAGACAUUUGAAGAGACAAUUUGUGGGCUAAGAACAUCGGAAGUUGAUUUAAAGAAAUUGCUGGAGUCAGUCCAGAAGGAACUCUGCAGCUCUAGGUCCCGCUUACAGAUUCUGACUGAUGAGCGCGACUCCUUGAGAGAUACGCUGACCCAAAAAGACGAAAAAGUAAGCAGCCUAGAGAGUCAAUCUGAGCAUCUCCAACUCCAUGUCCAGUUGCUGGAGAGCGAGCUGCAGGAGCUGCGAAGUCAGCGCGAAACCGACGCUGUCACGGCAGAAGAAGAGAUCCGAAGUCUGAAAGAGUCGAGAGCGCAGCUGACAGAGACGUUGGAAGCUGCCCGGCAGAAACUAUCUGAGACCGACGCGCGUGCGGCGUAUGCUGAAGUAGAGCGCGAUGCCGCGCGCCAAGCUGUGAGCUCGGUGGAGGCGCAGCGUGAGGCUCAAAGAGUGGAGAUGGAAGGCCUCCAGGAGCGCAUCCAGUCGCUGGAGAGCGAGCUGCAGGAGCUGCAAAGUCAGCGCGAGGGCGACGCGUUUACGACAGAAGAGGAGAUCCGAAGUCUGAAGGAGUCGAGAGCGCAGCUGGCAGAGACGCUGGAGACGACUCGGCAGAAGUUGUGCGAGACCGACGCCCGCGCUGAAGAAGAGCGCGAUGCCGCGCGCCAAGCUGUGAGCUCGGUGGAGGCGCAGCGUGAGGCUCAAAGAGUGGAGAUGGAAGGUCUCCAAGAGCGCAUCCAGUCGCUGGAGAGCGAGCUGCAGGAGCUGCAAAGUCAGCGCGAGGGCGACGCGUUUACGACAGAAGAGGAGAUCCGAAGUCUGAAGGAGUCGAGAGCGCAGCUGGCAGAGACGCUGGAGACGACUCGGCAGAAGUUGUGCGAGACCGACGCCCGCGCUGAAGAAGAGCGCGAUGCCGCGCGCCAAGCUGUGAGCUCGGUGGAGGCGCAGCGUGAGGCUCAAAGAGUGGAGAUGGAAGGUCUCCAGGAGCGCAUCCAGUCGCUGGAGAGAGAGCUGCAGGAGCUGCAAAGUCAGCGCGAGGGCGACGCGUUUACGACAGAAGAGGAGAUCCGAAGUCUGAAGGAGUCGAGAGCGCAGCUGGCAGAGACGCUGGAGACGACUCGGCAGAAGUUGUGCGAGACCGACGCCCGCGCUGAAGAAGAGCGCGAUGCCGCGCGCCAAGCUGUGAGCUCGGUGGAGGCGCAGCGUGAGGCUCAAAGAGUGGAGAUGGAAGGUCUCCAGGAGCGCAUCCAGUCGCUGGAGAGCGAGCUGCAGGAGCUGCAAAGUCAGCGCGAGGGCGACGCGUUUACGACAGAAGAGGAGAUCCGAAGUCUGAAGGAGUCGAGAGCGCAGCUGGCAGAGACGCUGGAGACGACUCGGCAGAAGUUGUGCGAGACCGACGCCCGCGCUGAAGAAGAGCGCGAUGCCGCGCGCCAAGCUGUGAGCUCGGUGGAGGCGCAGCGUGAGGCUCAAAGAGUGGAGAUGGAAGGUCUCCAGGAGCGCAUCCAGUCGCUGGAGAGCGAGCUGCAGGAGCUGCAAAGUCAGCGCGAGGGCGACGCGUUUACGACAGAAGAGGAGAUCCGAAGUCUGAAGGAGUCGAGAGCGCAGCUGGCAGAGACGCUGGAGACGACUCGGCAGAAGUUGUGCGAGACCGACGCCCGCGCUGAAGAAGAGCGCGAUGCCGCGCGCCAAGCUGUGAGCUCGGUGGAGGCGCAGCGUGAGGCUCAAAGAGUGGAGAUGGAAGGUCUCCAGGAGCGCAUCCAGUCGCUGGAGAGCGAGCUGCAGGAGCUGCAAAGUCAGCGCGAGGGCGACGCGUUUACGACAGAAGAGGAGAUCCGAAGUCUGAAGGAGUCGAGAGCGCAGCUGGCAGAGACGCUGGAGACGACUCGGCAGAAGUUGUGCGAGACCGACGCCCGCGCUGAAGAAGAGCGCGAUGCCGCGCGCCAAGCUUCGCUGGAGAGCGAGCUGCAGGAGCUGCAAAGUCAGCGCGAGGGCGACGCGUUUACGACAGAAGAGGAGAUCCGAAGUCUGAAGGAGUCGAGAGCGCAGCUGGCAGAGACGCUGGAGACGACUCGGCAGAAGUUCGUGAGGCUCAAAGAGUGGAGAUGGAAGGUCUCCAGGAGCGCAAUCCAGUCGCUGGAGAGCGAGCUGCAGGAGCUGCAAAGUCAGCGCGAGGGCGACGCGUUUACGACAGAAGAGGAGAUCCGAAGUCUGAAGGAGUCGAGAGCGCAGCUGGCAGAGACGCUGGAGACGACUCGGCAGAAGUUGUGCGAGACCGACGCCCGCGCUGAAGAAGAGCGCGAUGCCGCGCGCCAAGCUGUGAGCUCGGUGGAGGCGCAGCGUGAGGCUCAAAGAGUGGAGAUGGAAGGUCUCCAGGAGCGCAUCCAGUCGCUGGAGAGCGAGCUGCAGGAGCUGCAAAGUCAGCGCGAGGGCGACGCGUUUACGACAGAAGAGGAGAUCCGAAGUCUGAAGGAGUCGAGAGCGCAGCUGGCAGAGACGCUGGAGACGACUCGGCAGAAGUUGUGCGAGACCGACGCCCGCGCUGAAGAAGAGCGCGAUGCCGCGCGCCAAGCUGUGAGCUCGGUGGAGGCGCAGCGUGAGGCUCAAAGAGUGGAGAUGGAAGGUCUCCAGGAGCGCAUCCAGUCGCUGGAGAGCGAGCUGCAGGAGCUGCAAAGUCAGCGCGAGGGCGACGCGUUUACGACAGAAGAGGAGAUCCGAAGUCUGAAGGAGUCGAGAGCGCAGCUGGCAGAGACGCUGGAGACGACUCGGCAGAAGUUGUGCGAGACCGACGCCCGCGCUGAAGAAGAGCGCGAUGCCGCGCGCCAAGCUGUGAGCUCGGUGGAGGCGCAGCGUGAGGCUCAAAGAGUGGAGAUGGAAGGUCUCCAGGAGCGCAUCCAGUCGCUGGAGAGCGAGCUGCAGGAGCUGCAAAGUCAGCGCGAGGGCGACGCGUUUACGACAGAAGAGGAGAUCCGAAGUCUGAAGGAGUCGAGAGCGCAGCUGGCAGAGACGCUGGAGACGACUCGGCAGAAGUUGUGCGAGACCGACGCCCGCGCUGAAGAAGAGCGCGAUGCCGCGCGCCAAGCUGUGAGCUCGGUGGAGGCGCAGCGUGAGGCUCAAAGAGUGGAGAUGGAAGGUCUCCAAGAGCGCAUCCAGUCGCUGGAGAGCGAGCUGCAGGAGCUGCAAAGUCAGCGCGAGGGCGACGCGUUUACGACAGAAGAGGAGAUCCGAAGUCUGAAAGAGUCGAGAGCGCAGCUGGCAGAGGCGCUGGAGACGAUUCGGCAGGAAUUGCAUGCUGAAGAUGCCCGUGUUGCGCGUUUUGAAGAAGAAUGUAAAGUGAUGCAGAGAUCUGUACAACAGAAGGAAGCUCAGCUGGCGGAAGUUCAGGAUGAGAAGGCCGACCUGAUCGCAAAGAUGCAAGUUCUUGAUAGCCGUGUCUUUGAGUUGAUGUCUGAGAUGGAAGAUCGGGGGCACAAGCUGUCGUAUGAAACUGAGCGAUUUGGAAGGCUUGAGAGUGAGCGGGCUCAGGUUGAGGCGCAGCUUCGUGAUCAAGUGCGAAUGGUCGAAGUGCGCUCAGCAAAAGAAAUUGACUUGAUGAAAGAAAAGAUGACAUCGCUGCUUGAGUCAUCCAGCUCAGCCUUGGCGGAUGCGAGCUCUCUUCGUGAACAAAAGAUGAAAGAAGACGAAAAGUAUGCUGCUGCUAUUGCUCGAAAGGACGAGGUGAUUAUGACGUUGAAGAAGAAGCUUGAGGAAGUGAUGGCGGCAUACAAGCGGGUGAAAGGACGCCUGCAAGAGUUACAGGACACGUUAGCACAACGCACGGGUGUGACUGACAGUCUGAAGGCGUCGAACGAUGAGCUGAAGACUCAGCUCUCGAGAUCUUUGAUGGAAAUUGAUGCGUUGAAGCGUGAGUUUGCUCUAUUUCGCGAACAGUCGACCGCAGAGGUAGAAGAAUUGCGCCAGGGAGGCGAAAGGUCCGCGGAUUCCGAGGUACAAUACAAAGCUGAAAUCGACAAGUUAACAAAGCGUGUAUCAGCAUAUGACGACGAGCUUGCUCAGAUGGAAAGACAACACGAUGUAGCGCUGCUGGCGGCUUCUGCUGCGAACCUGAAGGUCGCAGGGCUGCAGGAGUCGCUUGCAGUGCUAACUGGAACUGUUGAGCGGAAGGAUAGCGAGAUUCGAAGCAUGGCCGAACGUACGCGGCAUACUGAAGCGGAGAUGGCUAAAGCUGAGAGUGUCUGUGAUGGAAUUGAGCGAAAACGUGAAGCCGAGCGGACCGAGCUCGAAGCACAGUUGUCUGUAGCGAAUGAGACCAUUGCAAAUCUUCGUUCAGCUACAACCGCUAGCGUUGGUCUGCAAAACGAGUCCAUCUCACAGCUUGAGUCGCAGAUAUCUGAACUUCAGCUGAAAGCCGAGGCCGAAAAGGGGGAAGCUGAUGCUGCUCGUGCUGCGCUUGGAACGUACAGGAAACGUGCUCAUACUGCACUGAAGAAGGCGUCCAGUGAGCACAAACAAAGUUUGAAAAAGGCUGCAGAGAGUAUCAUUGAGCUGGAAAACGAAGUAGUGACCGCGAAGGAUCGAGUGAGCGUUUUGGAAGCAGAGUUGGUGGAAACGCGGAGACAGCUGGAGGAGGUCACGAGUGCUGGAGACGCAACUGCAAAGGACGCACUCGAGACCUUGAAGGCCGAAAAGCACGCUCAGGAGACUUCACUGCGGUUGGAAAUUGACAGCCUGAAAGAGGAAGUGGUACGGUUGGAGGAAGCGCUCGAGAACGAAAAGGCACCUCUCCGGUCACAGAUCAAGCAGCUCACAGAGCGCAAUGAAGCUUUGGAUCGCGAGAUUGUCUCAUACAGAGAGGAAGUCCGCAUCAAAAACGAGUCUACGGAGCGGGCAGUUCUUGCAAAGAACGACGAGAUCACUGACUUAUCGAAGAAGCUGCAUGCUGCGCUCGCUACCGCUGCUUCGAUCGCUUCAAACGAAGCUGGUCGUCGCUCGUACUCUCCCACCUACUCGCCAACUGAAAAGGAGAGGCGAUCGACGGCGUCAUCAUCGCGCUCGUUCGAAUGCGAAGGGAAUACGAACUAUUUGUACCGAGCUGCGAUCGAGGAGGAGCACGAAUACAUUGCUGCUGCAUUCAACGGCUCGCAGUCAGUCCCAUUUGCAUCCAAGACAGCGAUCGCUAAUGGUGCGGAGCAGCACUUGGAGGUUUCAAUGGUUGUUGACGACGAAGUUUUGAGGCUGGAACGUUUGCUGAAGGAGGUGCAGGCCAAGUCCCGUACCUUCCAGAAGAAGUACGAAGAGGCAGUUGUGCAACUGAGGGAGGCGAAUCAAGUGCAGCAGCGUCUGCAAGAGCUGGAUGAGCGAACGACCCAGGAGAUCAACCUCGAGUACCUGAAGAAUGUCAUCAUCAAGUACAUCGGCAGCCAAGUCCCGAGCGAGAAAGAGCAGUUGGUGCCCGUCAUUGCCACGCUGCUCAGCUUUAGCCCGCAAGAGCACCAUCAAGUGAGGGCGGCACACAGUAGAGCGAAUGAGGAGGGCACGGGUUUGUUUGGCGGCGUCCUGUCCCUCUUCGGAGGUGGCGGAGCAUCUGCACCACCUCCGAAGCCACUGGCAGCUCUGCAGCAUGUCAAGCCUUCCCCUCGAACUGCGAAGGGCAAGGCAACGGGUGUUGCACUCGGCAGCAAGGACAGGAAUGGUGUUCUUUUGUUUGACAGCGACCCCAGCGACGACGAGGAGGCGGCGACUCGUUUGAACCCGUUCACGGCCUAG